AUGCCGCUGGUUUCACGGCCCAGUCUGGGUUGUGCUUCGCAGGUGUCAAGCCCCGCAGACUUGUUCUGGGAUAAUACCCUUAAACAAAGGACGGCUGCCAUGUUCGCAUCACAGGUCCAGACACUGGCGAACUCUGACGCGAAUAUCCAUGCGUGGGAGAAGGAGAUCGCGUCGCUUCAACGCGUGCUCGCUGCUGCAAACAGGCAACGCAACGCUUGCUCUAUCACCUAUAUGCUCCCCACCGAGAUCUUGUCCCGCAUCUUCGAGGAACUUGCCUUUGUAUCCCCCAUCGAGUCCCACCCAAAUGCCUCCGUCGCUCGCAAGGGAUGGCUGACCAUCGUCGAAGUCUGUCAACACUGGAGAAACGUCGCGCGUGCUCAUUCUACCUUAUGGCAACGCAUCACAUACGUCUCCGAACCACUCUGGGAGCUUUUUGUCACAAGUGCAGGAUCCAUGCCUCUCGUAGUUACAGGACGCGUAUCGGCCUACCACCCGUCGUCUCGAAGGUUCCUUGAUCUUUUACCUGCUCAGCUACACCGGAUGAAGGAACUCUACGUGCAUGCACAGGCAUCGGCGGACUCCGAAAACCGUCCCACUCGUACUCGAUUCCUCGCUCUCAUGCGCAGCUUGAACACAUCUCGCGAGGCGCUUGACCAGUUAGAAGUAUUAUCCUUGCGUCCGACCAGGUACACUGGGCGUGGUCUGCAUGCCGAGUUCAUGAAGCGACCUCUUCCGAAGCUCCGUCAAGUCACCCUCCAAGGGAUGGUUCUGCCCCUUGGCAUACACUCUCGAAGCAUAACCAAACUCGAACUUGUCGAAACGUCCUACCGCAAUCCGGGAGAAGUGCUCAAGACUCUGCGACAUAUGACGUCUCUUGCAGACCUCACCCUGAGCCUUUCCUCAGGAGGGUCCCACACGACCACAGUGCAACCUCCAAUCGCGCUGCCGCAUGUCCGCCGCUUCGUCGUCAAGAACAGUCUUGCCAUCUGCACAGCUUAUCUGGAAUCGGUCGCGAUCCACCCUCUCGCAUUCAUCGAGAUUGACGCCAGUGAUACAUCCCAUCUUCACGAUGAAGAUCUCAGCGAGCUGGGCAGCGCUCUGUUUUCGUUGGACAACUUUGAGCCCACCGUUCUGGAGCUGUCUGCAAACAGCUUCCGUAACGUCUGCCAGGUCACCGCUUGGGGGAACGAAGGGGAAGGGGGCACGUAUGGACCCGAUCACCAAAACGAUCCCACGCCCUCUCAUCCGCAUCCCUGGCCAGGCGUCAAGGCUACCCUGCCGGUCUCGUCGAUACGUUUGAUCGAGUUUGAAUCACCUUGCGCUGUUAUGCCUGUUAUCAUGGCGGACUUUCUGUCGCAGGUACCCAAGGCGGCUUGGGACAUUGUCACACUGGAUGGUCACAUGCACUGGGACGUCGAGCAGAUCCUUUCGCUCUUCGCAGGCGCAGAUGGCGUCUAUUCUUUGAUUAUGGAUAACGUACCGCCCGACACCAUUGCUGCACUCUGUACCGCACUCACCCGCACGUCGUUCCCGGGAGCGCCACUCCUGUGCAUUCCCCACCUCACGCACCUUCACUUUGACAACGUCGACUUUGGCUGCCUUUCCGAGGAGUGCAACGGAGAGCAUUCUGCUAUCCCAUACGUACGGGAGCUCCUAAGUGACAGGGACUUUCGGGGAAGAGCCUUGGAAUUCUUGGGUCUGAAUUCCUGCUCCAUAUCGGAGGAGUACGUCGAAGACUGGGAGGACUUCGUGGACGCCUUGGACUGGGACGGUGGGACUGGGGACGCUCAUGGCCGUCAUACGGAUGAUGAGCACGACGAAGAUGAGGACGUGCAAGGGGAAGAUGGAGUGGUUUCCGAUACAGACGAGUAUGUGCGUUUCCUAGUUGAUGACCUCGAUUGA